CAAAAAUCCGAAAUUAUCCUAUAUCCGAAGAGAUAGAACGAGAAAAGUGCGAGGAUUUGCUUAGAAUUGCGAUAACUCCACAACCCAUUUAUUGAUCUUUUGCUGAAUUAAAGGCUUCUCGGCCUAGGAAUGGCAGCGGCAGCAUCCACUUCUACGGUGGCCGCCGCCGUCUUGAUCCACCGACUCCCCGCUUCCAAACUUGCCGCCGUCUUCUCCCCCUUGCCCAACCGCCAAUCCCUUUACUCCACUCAGCUCAGACAGCUCAAAGGAACCACGAGGUAUCCGGGUGUCCUGGUCAAGGCUUCUUCAUCAGACGAGUCGUCUCUCGACUCUAAUGAGCUGUUUGCUGAUCUAAAAGAAAAGUGGGACGCCAUUGAAAACAAGUCCACUGUACUCACCUAUGGCGGUGGCGCAAUAGUAGCCAUUUGGUUUGCUUCAGUCGUCGUUGGUGCUGUCAACUCAGUCCCUUUGCUUCCAAAGAUCUUGGAGCUUGUUGGACUUGGAUACACCGCAUGGUUUGUGUACCGCUACCUUCUCUUUAAGUCAAGCAGAAAGGAGCUGGUGGAAGACAUCGAAGAAGUAAAGAAGAAGAUCACCGGAACAGAGUAAGAACACGUUGUGUGAGGUGUCAUCUGCUUGUUUCAACCUCGGAUAGACUGCUUUUGUGUAUUCUGCAGAAGGGGCAUAUGUUGUGUGUAAUGUAGAAUAGGCCCUUGUGUAUUUUGCCUCUUUGAUAGUUUGAUUGCACUUGCAAAUAAUGUUUCAGCAGUGCACUUCGCAUUAAGUUAUUAAACAGCUUUGCUUGUUGAUUCCAUUCCCAACAAAGAUUCAGUUAAUGUUGAAAUCACUGCAUUUUGUUUUA